AUUUGGGUAAACGGAUUUAUUAUGUAAGGGAAGUAGGACUUUUCUACCUAGAAGAAUUCCCCAACCAGAAAUUAAAAUCCAAAUUGACUUGCACAACACUACAUUUUCUCUCCCCCCAAAAGCAUCAGACAAUAUAAUAUAUAAACCCCAUUUUGGGCUGUCAAUACACACCAUAGUGGUUUGUUUAAUUCACAAUCUCAAAGCUUUUGAAUUUGUUCAGAACCAAAAAAGCAAUGGCGGAUCAAGUGGUCGUUCUCGGAGCAUAUGUUAGCAUGUUUGCGAUGAGGGUUAGAGUCGCGUUAGCUGAAAAGGGCGUGGAGUACGAGCACAGGGAGGAGAAUCUGGCAAGCAAAAGCCCGGUUCUGCUUGAGAUGAACCCGGUUCACAAGAAAAUCCCGGUCCUCAUUCACAACGGGAAACCCGUUUGCGAGUCGCUCAACAUAGUUCAGUACAUAGACGAUGUUUGGAAGGACCACUCUCCGUUAUUGCCUAAUGAUCCUUACAAGAGAGCUCAAGCUAGAUUCUGGGCUGAUUUUGUCGACAAGAAGGUACCUGAAUCCAGUAGAAAGAUAUGGACAACAAAAGGAGAAGAACAAGAAGUGGGCAAAAAAGAGUUUAUAGAGGCCCUCAAGCUAUUAGAACCUGAGCUGGGGGACAAGCCUUACUUUGGUGGGGAUAGCUUCGGUUUUGUUGAUGUGGCCUUAGUUCCUUUCUACUGUUGGUUUCAUGCCUAUGAAACUGUUGGCAACUUCAGCAUCGAGGAGCAUUGCCCCAAAUUGAUUGAAUGGGCUAAGAGGUGCAUGGAGAAAGAGAGUGUGUCUAAGUCCUUGGCCGAUCCUAACAAGAUUUACGAGUUUGUUUUGACUGCAAGGAAGAGAAAUGGCAUCGAGUAGGCCCGUGAUGUUGCUCGGGUGUCGGUUUUGAUGUAUUCUGUUGUUUAAUUCAAAUGUGUUUUAUGACUGUGUUAAGUAUUUAUUUAACACAAUAAAGGCAUCUUAGCCUGAUGUAGUAUGUGGUGUGAACUGGGGAUGUUACCUUCCCCUGUGUAGCUUAUGGGUGUUUUUACAUGUGUGUAAUCCCAAAUUAUACUAUCUGCUGUAUCAUUGUUAUUUUGUUAGUUUGAUACGAUUAUAAAAGAUGUUCAUGACGUUCCAUCAUUUAACAGAAUGAAACUACAAAAUUGGUAAAGUUCCAUAUGAAAACAGAUGACAAAUU